ACUGCGCUUUUCUGCUUUUGCACCCAGCGUUUCUACACACAUGGAAUCCAGUAUGACAAAGGUUCCCUCGAGCGCUCCUCCUGCCAGUCCGAACCCUGUAGCGCAGCCCGAAGGAGCUCUUGGAGUUUCCACGCACAGCAGCAGCAACCCCGCGUGCAGCGCACAGCCCGAGCCGCAGGCGCAGGCGCAGCCGCAGCCGCAGCCGCCCGUCGCCAACGAGAGGAAAACUUUCUGCCCCGCGGAGAACAAAGCUGGAGAGGCGGACGGAAACAAGGCGUACGGGACGUUCAAAAACGCGCCGCCCCGCGCCGACGGCUCCGCGGCCCUGCACGGGACUUUUGUGUCCUCCCAUUGCACAGAGCCCUGCUUGUCGAACCAAAGCGCACUGAAGAGCACGGCGGAGCAGAACAAUGCCACGGGCAACUGGACCCCCAUGAUGAGUCAGACCACCGUGAUACUGGGGACAGAUGGCAAUACUGCUGUCCUGCCUGGAUCCGAGGCCGAGGAUGACGAUGAUGACGGAGAUGAGAACAAAGCCAGGGGGAAUUGGUCUAAUAAGCUGGAUUUCAUUCUGUCCAUGGUGGGCUAUGCUGUGGGUUUGGGAAACGUGUGGAGGUUCCCUUACCUGGCCUUCCAGAACGGAGGAGGUGCUUUUCUCAUUCCUUACCUGAUAAUGCUGUGCCUCGCUGGGAUCCCUAUAUUUUUCCUGGAAGUGUCACUGGGGCAGUUCGCCAGCCAGGGUCCAGUGUCAGUAUGGAAAGCUAUCCCCUCCCUGCAAGGUUGCGGGAUUGCCAUGUUGAUUAUAUCUGUCUUAAUAGCCAUAUACUAUAACAUAAUAAUGUGCUGGACAUUGUACUACCUGUUCGCUUCGUUGAAGGGCUCACUGCCAUGGGCUCACUGUAGGAAUUCGUGGAACACCCUGGACUGUAAAGACAAAGACAUGCUGCAGUUAGACUCCUGUAUACUGCGAGAUAAGAAUGGCACUUCUAUAAAGAACACAGCCUUCUGUAUGUCGGCGAAUGCCCUUGGGAAUCUGAGCAAGCUUACAAACAUAACUUCAGAAAACAAAACCUAUGUCAGCCCCAGUGAAGAGUAUUUCAAGUACAAUGUGUUACACAUUUCUAAAGGCAUUGAGUACCCAGGGGAUAUUCGAUGGCCUUUGGCUCUUUGCUUAUUCCUGGCCUGGGUUAUUGUCUAUGCAUCUCUUGCAAAAGGAAUCAAGUCCUCUGGGAAGGUGGUGUAUUUUACAGCCACUUUUCCAUAUGUGGUACUGGUCAUUUUGUUGAUCAGGGGAGUCACACUGCCUGGGGCUGGAUCUGGCAUCCUCUACUUCAUAACACCAAAGUGGGAGAAGCUCAAUGAUGCUAAGGUGUGGAAGGAUGCUGCUACUCAAAUUUUCUUCUCCCUGUCUGCAGCCUGGGGUGGACUUAUCACUCUGUCUUCCUACAACAAAUUCCACAAUAACUGUUACAGGGACACCAUUAUUGUGACAUGCACAAACAGUGCCACCAGCAUCUUUGCAGGGUUUGUCAUCUUCUCUGUCAUUGGCUUUAUGGCACACGAGCUCAAAGUGCCAAUUGAAAAGGUCGCCGAUGAAGGCCCUGGCAUCGCGUUUGUGGUGUACCCUGAGGCACUCACCAGGCUGCCUGGGUCCCCCUUUUGGGCCAUCAUCUUCUUCCUUAUGUUGCUGACACUGGGGCUGGAUACCAUGUUUGCCACCAUCGAAACCAUUGUGACAUCUGUCUCAGAUGAGUUUCCCAAGUACCUGCGCAAACACAAGCCCAUCUUCACCUUGGUGUGCUGUAUCUCUUUCUUCUUGCUGGGCUUCCCCAUGAUCACAGAGAACGGGAUGUACAUGUUGCAACUGGUGGACACCUUCGCUGCUUCCUACUCACUCAUCAUCAUAGCUAUUUUUGAACUCAUCGGCGUCUCUUACAUCUACGGCUUGCAGAGGUUCUGCGAAGAUAUUGAAAUGAUGAUUGGAUUCCAGCCAAACAAGUUCUGGAGGAUGUGCUGGGCCUUUGUGACACCGACUAUUCUUACAUUCAUCCUGGGCUUGAGUUUGUACCAGUGGAAGGUGAUGACCUAUGAGGACUAUGUAUACCCGACAUGGUCCAUGGUACUAGGCUGGCUGAUGGUGAUCUGCUCAGUAAUCUGGAUACCUAUCAUGUUUGUGAUAAAAAUGCACCUGGCACCAGGCACCUUCAUUGAGCGGCUGAAACUGGUGUGUUCCCCUCAGCCUGAUUGGGGCCCCUUCUUGAUGAAGCACCGUGGGGAGCGCUACAAGAAUAUGAUCGACCCCCUGGGCACCAGUUCACUAGGACUCAAACUCCCACCCAAGGAUUUUGAGCUGGGCUCCCAGUACAUGUAGUUGUGGGGGCAGCCUGCGGGUGGUGCGACACGUCUCCCCUCUGUCUUCUUCCCAGCCCUCCUCUUGUCUUUUCGCAGGUUCCUCAGUGGAGCGUGGCGCCUAGCUAGAGCCCACCCCUCCCCUGUCAGCACUGCUGUCUGCAGCUAUAAGGAGUUUCAUGGGUGUAGAGUACAGUUUUCUCCUCAGUGAUGCAGCUCAUAAUUCAGAGCCUUGGAUGGAGGUUUGCCAUAAAAGAUCACAGGUCAAAGUUUAAAGCACAGAUUGUCUCCUGAUUGAGGUUUUUAUUUUUUUGUGUAUGCAUUUCAUGAAAUCAAUCAUACAGGCAGAGACUCAUAUAAAACCUAAAUCAGGAAUGGCUAUAUAUUUAUGAAAUUUAUGACCUAGUUUGGUAAAAAUAAAAAAUUAAAGCCAAUAAAUCUGACAAAGUGAAAUUAAGGGCAUCCUCCUUAAUUUAACUUGGAGUACAGAACAGAGGUGUAGUAGGUGGAACAAAUAUUCUGUGUUCCAAAAGAAGGGUAUCUGACCUUAACAGUUAUUUCUAAACAAAUGGAUUUUCUGUAAUGUGUCCCCUAC